GUGAGUGUUGCAGGAGGGUUGUACGGAGGUUCCUCCUCCUCGGGGUGGUGAGAGCUGUCCGGUGCUGAGGGGGGAAGAAGAUGAGCUCAGCGCGCGCCGGGGGGCAGGUAACGUCAGCAUUCGACCGGAGCAGAAAAAGACUACACACACACACACACACACACACACACCAAGUGUUUAUCUCCGCUUCAUCUCUGACACACACCGACACACGUCAAUGAUGGGCGGAUAAGCAUUUACGUGAGACUGAGCUCCGCUUUUUUUUUUAAAUUCCCCUUCACGAGUGCCUCGGCAGCAUCCCGCGCCCUCCGCUUGGCUUGAGAUGGGAUGAUAUGGGAUUUUUCAUGUCGACGAAGAUCGGAGGGAUACUCGCGUUAGCCAUGGUAUUUCUGUCCCUGAUGGUGUCAGGAGACUUGGAUGCUGACGCUAAGUGUGAAAACAUUUAUAAGGACUUUUCUGAUUGUGUCCUGGAGCUGGGAGAGAGCAUGGACAACUAUCAGGAGAACGUGACGAGCGAGACGGGAGUGGCAGCUGUGUGCAGCCACUGGGAAGCUUUCCACACGUGUGCCCUCACAGCGCUGUCCGACUGUCAGGAGGAGGUGAGCUCCAUCUGGGAGACUCUGAGGCAGGACUCCACCAAGAUGCGCUUCCAGGGAAGUCUGUUCGACCUGUGCAGCCCCAGCUCCUCACCCAGCAUCAGCUCACCUCUGGCUGCCCUCACCCUGCCUCUGAUGGUUGCGCUGAUCAUGGCCGGAACCAACUGGUAACCUGUAUAGACGGUGGGGACUUAGGGUUAGGAGAUGGGAGGUCCUCACAUUCCCCUGGGUCAGUCCUUUGAGUUCAAAACUAAAGCCAAGGAUUUAAGAGGAUAAGGAUUAUUAUCACACAGAGUCAUCAAUAUUUUCUGUGAUGAAUAAUACUUCAGCUUGAUCCCCCUUAUGUUGAGAAACUGAUAAAGUAGUUGAGCAAAUUAAAUUUCAGCCAACUUAUCAGUCGAGACAGACUUAAGUAUUCAAAGGAUUUCUUAUACAAUUUAAGCAGGUCAGUCACGCACUUGCUCUGGGUUACUAAUAUACGAGAAAUGGAUACAAAAACAUGAACACCUUAUGAAUAUCUAAUAUUACAUUUAUUAAUAUUAUCAUGUGUGGUUCUUGUAGAUUUUUAAAGAUUAAAGUUUAGUUUUGAUUAGGUUACACUAUAUUCAAUUAGAUAGAAGACUUUUAUUAGUUUAAAUUACAUCACAAACUAUUUGACAGCGGACAGUACAGGUACAUCGGAGAUUCGUGCAUAUCUCUCAGAAGCAAUUUUGUAAAAUAAAAAAACCAAACAUCAAAGUAAAUACACACUACAUGCAAUAUAAAUUAUACAAGUACAUACUAUGAACUAUUGUACUUAAAUGUAUUGCACCAAAGAGUAGACUGUGGAGAGACAUAAAGGUAAAGGAAGCAGUAUUUGUGCUUUUCAUUAUGGUGUUCAUGUUUUUGUACCCACUCCCUUUACAAUGUGUUUUAUGGGAUAGUUCAACAUUUUAGGACUUAGCUGAAGAUAUCUAUACUUACCUCAUGUCUGUAUGCUAAAUAAAUAAGUGUGCUAGUGCCAUCAGCCAGUUAUCUUAGCUUAGCACUAAGCAGCUCUUCUAACUGCUCAUAUAGCCAAGGAAUAGUUUGAAACAUCCCUGUAAACUUGUACUUUUUACAAUUUUCUAUGGCUUUAAGAAAUACAAAUUGAAAUAGUGAGCUUUAGUCUAAAGAGAAGUGAGUAGUAUGGACUGUAAGAGCAGCAACAAAGCACAUUUAAGCGUAUUUCUGAAAAAGUGGAACUAUUCCUUUAAACAAGAGCUAGUGUAGUUAAACACCAGAAUACAGAUUUCAAUCCCCAAUGACUUUGUAUAAAUAAAGCCAAUCCCUCAUGCAAUAGUAAGCUGUCACACUACAAGAAAAACAUUUAAAGGAGCACUUAAGCAAAAAUUACAGCAAUAUCCAAAACAUAUUUCACAAUCAGUCAUUAAUUAAACAUGUGAAAGGAGGAAAAACCAUGAAAAAGAAGGAACCAGACAUUAAUCUGACUGGGUUCUUACUGUAUUACACUAAAGCUAGCGAUAACACCAUCCAGAUAAAAAUGAAUGCCUUUUAAUCUGUUUUCAAGCGUGCUGAAUGUUUGUGUAUGUGACAAUCAAGUCACUUUACCCCUCCAUCACUCUGGUCUUCUGUGGCUGAUGUUGCAUGGCUGCUAUAAAGACACCAAAAACAUCCUGACACAACAUUACACGUUCACUUCUCUUUGCGCUCUCAGAGCCUCGCCCCACGCGUCGGUUCAGCCUUAUGCUCGAUCAAACUUGUGACCUGUUGAGUUUGUGUAAAAGCUAAAUCUGAAGUAGGGAUGUUGAGGGUUGUUUCAAAAAUUCCUGAUGUGUGAAAAUACUCACUUGAAAUUAACAAGCGACAUGAUAUAAUAGAUUAAACAUUAUAUUACCAAAACAUUACUUGAAAGUGCAUUAACACAGAAUGUCGUACAGACUACACAGGGGCGGAUAUAUUGCAGAGAAUAUAAAGGAAGAAUCAAUAUAAUAAUGCAAACAGAGAUAUAAUGAAAAUAAACAGCAUUUAUUUCAGUUCAAACACCUAUAAUUACUCUCCAAUUAAGACAAAUAAUAUGCAAAUGCAAAACAAUAGCUUAUUUUUAUAAUAUAUCUAUACAGUCACUUUUGUAUCAAUUGUAUUUCAAUUAAAGAUUGACCAAUUAACAAAUUGCAUAUUUACAAUAUCAAACAAAAUAGAUUACAAACUGCGCUGCUCACGUUAUCUGUUUCAUGCUUUAAAUCUUAAUUUGAGAAACUUUGGUAUGAUUUUAAGCAUCAGAAGCAGCAAUGAACGACGGUCUUUGUUACAGCUUAAAAUAAAAUACCUGGCAAGAUCCCCACUCCUUUCACACUGUUAGCCAAUUGGCUGAGUGACGUAUCACAAAUUGUAAUGGUCAAUACGAAAUACAUUUCAGGUUAAAUUCACCUCACAGAAAUAUGUGUAUUGCAUUGCUCGCCUAGAUUCUGAGCACAUUGAAAAUGAAUGAGCUAAAGUAUCAAUUAGUUUUAUUUGUUUGUUUUCCAAAAUUGUGUCACCAUUUGCAUAUUUCUUUCCAUUUUGAUGGUCCUCAUAGGCCUUUUUCACAAUUAUGGAUGAUUUCCUGAAUAUUUUAUGCCUUUGAUCCAAAAUGCAUGAUACUUUUAGAGACUUCAUAAUAAUGAAAAGUCUGUUGAUUAUAACUUGGAUUACAUGUGCAGUGGUAUUGCUCUGUGCAUGCUCCUCAGUGCAUCAGCAUCCUUUGUAUGCAGAUCCUUAAUCCACCCACCUCCACCUCUUUGAGCAUGUUUGUUCUUGUUGUUUCUAUUUAUUUCAUGUUUCACGAGUGAUAGCAUAAUGUCAACCAUUGUGUGUUUCUGGUGCUGAGAAUUACAAAAAAAGGUCCUCAAAGCAUGAGCAAUAUGUACGGUCACUUUUUAAAAAGAGGACUCUUAUCCCUUUGUGUGCAGAAAGCAUGAAAACAACUGUGUUAUCACUAGCAUUAUGCCAACAACAUGGAGAGAACUUCUGAAUGUAAAACAAGUUCAGUGUCCAUGUUUUGUUUUUCAGUUUACUGAUAGAAAAGCACACAACUGUAUAAAGCAAUAUAUGGCAAAGUAAUGUGUUUGUAAUAAUAAAGCACCGUGUUUAAAACAUACAG